AUGGAUUCCGCCGCCGUCAAAAACUGUAUUCCACUAUCGCUGUACACCACCAUCACCACCGUCAACCACCCUGGUCCGAUGUGCAUGGAAAACAAUCCCUCUGAAUCAAAAACCAUCGUUGUCUCCCACGCUGAUCCGAUCAACAAGCAAAACAAUCCCUCCCAAUCAUCAAAGCUCAGCCGAAACUCUAUUCCCGAAGAAAUUGCUUUCUCUAUUCUCUCAAAACUGCCUGUAAAAUCAUUGAAGCGCUUUGCAUGCUCAUGCAAAUCAUGGUCCAUUUUAUUCGAAAAUACUAAUUUCAUGAACAUGUACUCCAAACAAUUCAUGUUUCGUCAUGGUUCUGAUGAUGAUGAUUAUCAUACAUUUAUACUCACAAAUCAUCUUGCCGAAAACUCUGGUGCUUGCCACUCUGCAUUCCAUUUGCUCGAUAAUAAUAAUAACAGCGUCAAAUUAAAUUUACCAUCUCCUCUUCAACAGCAUGUCGGUAUAAUGAUGUCCAAUAUGUAUUGUGGAAUCCCGCUACCCGUUGGGGUAAAACCUUAUUCUUCAGACACUUCUUAUAAUAAACACUUGGCAGUGAUAAAUGGAUCAAUUGCUUUAAUCUCAAAUUAUCACGAUGAAAUUGUUUUUCACAUAUCUAUUCUGGGUGAACUCGGUGUGAGUGACUCUUGGAUCAAACUAUAUACUUAUGGCUCCUUCCCUUCCAUCCAAUGGCCCCCAAUUGGAUUUGGAAAGAUGGGAUUCAUAUAUGUUACCAAAAAAAAUUAUGAACUGGCCUAUGUUGAUUUGAGCACCCAAAUAGUUAACGAGAUUGGUAUUACUGGUGGAAAAUUCGAGAUAUUUUAUGUUAAUGCCGGUCUUUAUAAGAAAAGCCUUCUUUCGAUUGGAGGAUCAACUAACUAG